UUAUUCUCCUGCCUAGCUUUCUGCAGAGGACGUGUUGUGAGGGUUCCCAAAGGUCCUCUUAUUCGAGUUGUGGGCACAGAGGUGGUGAUCCCUUGCAGCGUUAGUGACUACGAUGGACCCAGUGAACAGAACUUUGACUGGGAGUUCUCCCGGGACACUGACUUUGUGCGUAUAGUGAGUACCUGGGAUUCUACAUUCACCUCUGAGGAGUACCAAAAACGCGUGGGCCAUGGGGAUAUCAAACUGAGACGGAGCAGCAACGAUGCUGUGGAACUUGUGAUUAGAAACAUCCAGUCAACUGAUCAAGGGAGAUACAAAUGCUCCACGCCCAGCACUGAUGCCACCGUUCAGGGAAAUUAUGAUGCAGAGGUCCAAGUGAAAGUGAUUUCCGAUGGCUUAUUGGUGAGUGGUUCAAAAGCACGUUCCUCAAUGUCUCUCAGGCUGUCUGAGGGUGACUCCUUCAAGUUGCGCUGCUCAGCAAUUACCAUCUCACCAGAGCACACUCACCUGCAUGUGACUUGGCAGAUCAAAAAUGGAUCUAUGUGGCGGGACAUCCUAUCUUUGACUCAUGAGGGCAAAUUCCAACCAGGCCCUGGCUAUGAAGAGCGCUACCAUGAUGGAGAUAUCCGCUUGGACACAGGAGCGAAUGACACGUAUCAGUUAUCUGUAUCCCAGGCCUCGUCGGUGGAUGGGGGUGCCUACAGGUGUCUCGUGAGCGAGUGGGUGAGAGGGGCAGAUAGCUCAUGGCAGAAGAUUCAGGAGAAGAGCGUGGAUAUAGCAAGUGUGGCAAUCCAACGGACUGCUCUAGAUGUGGUUAUCUCAACAAGCAAUGUGUCUGUGACUGAAAGAGACUCCCUGGAUCUUACAUGCAACAUCACAACAGACAGGAGUGGUAUUUUCCAAGCGGAGCUGAUGUGGUAUUUUUCUGUGUCACCUGAUGAUACCUUGUCAGAUGCUCAGGUUUUGCUAAGCAUGGACCGUGAUUCUGUUGUCAGUGAUUCAACUCUCAUCAGCCUGAGCCAUAUAGAUAGGAAUUCUUACCGCCUGUUGGUGCGUGAUGUGGAUGUGGAAGACUCUGGCUACUACUUCUGCCAAGCAGCUGUCUGGGUACCAUUGCACAACGGGAGCUGGCAUAAGGUGGUGGAGAGGACAUCUGCACCAGUCAGUGUGGUGGUGACAGCAUUAGAGCCAGACUAUGAGGUGUUUCUGAAUGCCUCUAAAACACCCAAGUUUUCAGAUGACCCCACAGAGCUCAAUUGCAGGAUCACAAAUGCACAGGACACGGAAGCAAACAUCCGCUUCACAGUUUCCUGGUACUACAGGCAGCGCCUGCGCAGUGACGAUGUGGUGACAGAGGAACUCCUGGCCACGAUGUAUGCAGACUGGACUCUGCUGCUUGGGGACAGGAGCAGAGAGCGGACUCAGAACGGGGAAAUAAUCUUCUCUAAAAAAGCUGUUGACACCUUCAGUUUACGAAUUCAGUGGACUUCCGAAAGUGACAGAGGGGAUUAUUUCUGUGUCAUCUCUGCAUGGAGUAGGCACCGCAACAACAGCUGGAUAAAGAGCAAAGAUGUGCCUUCUGCAUCUGUCAGCAUUUUCUGGGCUACACAAGAUUACACCCUUACAGUGGAGGCGGUGAAAUUGAAGCCAUUCUUUGUAGCAGGCCACACCUUUGAGAUGACAUGCAAAGUAUCUUCGAAAAACAUCAAGACGCCACGCUAUUCUGUCCUCAUUACAGCUGAGAAGCCACUAACGGAUCAGUCGAAUCCCAAUGGAACCACUCGCAUAAUCUCCUUGAACCAGGAUUCAGUAGUGCGGCUGGAAGACUGGACUGACCAGACUCGUGUGGAUGGCGUGGUUCUGGAGAAGGUCCAGGAGAAUGAGUUCCGCUACAGGAUGUAUCAGACCCAGAUUUCUGAUGCUGGGCUGUAUCGCUGUGUGGUGACUGCCUGGUCUCCAGGUGGUGGUGGCAUGUGGCGUGAAGCAGUGAAUGGCUUAUCCAACCCUAUCCAGAUAGACUUCCAGAUGUCAGGUCCUGUGUUUAAUGUCUCGGUGCAUUCUGACAACCCAACGAUUUACCAGGGUGAACUGGCAGAUUUGCUGUGUAUCAUCACAACGGAAGGAAUGGCACUUGAGCCAG